AUGCUGAUAGCCGGCGCCGUCUUUGGCCCGGUGAUGGGCGUCGCCGCCGCGGGCCUGGCGCACGGCGGCCGCACCGCCGACUCGGUCGUGGUGGCAGCCAACGUCAAGGCGGCGUCUGCCUGGGGCCUGCUGGCGGUCGCGGCAGUUAUCACCCUGCAGGCAGCGGUCGCAUUCUUUGGAAGCCUCGUCCGCUUCGCUGCCCCCAGCCCCACGCCGAAGCCCCGCACGCCCAAAAGCAGCGGCGGCGGGGGCAACCUCGCCCCUGCCGCGGCAGCCGGCAGCCCGGGGGGCAGCGGGGGCGGCGCGGGCGAGGGCAAGACUGAGAUUGAGCGGCACGACCCCGAGCGCGGCUGCGCAGAGGCGAUGGACCUUGGAGAGCCCAUCUCAAUCAUUGCGACUGUCAUUGAGGAGGGCGCGGACGCGGGCGACAGCCCUGAGGAUGUUGAGGGAAGCAAGGGCCCCCGCGCCGCCCCCGGCUUCUGGCGCCGGCUGUGCUGCUGCUGCUGCGCGUGCUGCUGCUGCUGCCGCGGCGCGCGUCGCGCGCGUGCCGCCGCUGCGGGCGCGGCGGCGUCGUCGCCGGCGCCGGCGCCCGCGGCGCCGCCGCGCGGCCCCGACCCGCUGGUCGGCGUGGUGCUGCUCUGCAGCGCUCUGCUGGCGAUGGCGGCGGCGCUAAGGGCCGUGUCGCUGCGCGCGGGCGCCUUCUGGUGGGAGGACAAGCUCCUUUUCCCGCUGCAGGCGCUGCCCGAGCUCCUCUCCGCGCUGCUGCUGGUGGGCCCGCCCCACUUCAUGGCGCGCGUCGGCAUGGCCAGCCGGUACCAGCGGUGGCAGCCGAAGAAGGGCAAGCCGGCGACCAGCCGCCCGAAGAACAGCAACCCGGCGAUAUGGAAGCGCGCGGGGCUGCCGGCGCCGGAGUCGCGGACGCAGACGCAGAGCGAGGGCGUUUGA